CCCGUUACUAUAGAUUCCUUUGAUUUUUACCAAAUUAUGGGACUGAUUCGUAACAAAAACUUUGUCAUGAAUAGUCUAACAUUUAAACGUAUUUGUAUUUUUAUUAAAAUAACACAUAUUAACAACGUAGACUAAGUGAUGAUGUUUUAUAGUACGUGAAAACUUCGUAGCAUACACGUAUGAAUUCUGUUUGUAGUCUGUCUGGCCGGGCCGACAGCCGCCUAACUUACAGUCUUACACAGUUGACCAGUUGCCUGCGGCAAGUCAGUUAUACAGCACUAACGCUGACUUCAGACACGCGGCGCGGCCACUUGAAUUGUGUCAUUGAUAUUGUGUUACUGACCUCAAAAGGAAUAAUAAUCACUGAUCAUGCCUAAAGUUGAAAAGAAUUAUCGCUCUCAAAGAUACAGGGCGGAGUGGGAAAAAGAGAGUUGGGCCUCAGGAUGGCUCACUGCUGGAAAAACUGGUGGAAAAGCUCAUUGUAAAGUGUGUGAUAAGGAGCUUGUGGCAGAGAAAUCUGAGCUUACUGGUCACACAAAAUCGUCUACUCAUAUAAGACUUGCUAAGCAAAUUAAGUCAAAUGAACGGAUGACCAUGUUUGUGGAAUCUAAAGAUGAAAAAAGGAUUAAAGCAGAAUUAAAUGUUGUGGCAAUGGUGGCCCGAAAGAAUUUGUCUUUCAACUGUCUUGAUGACAUGGUGAGUACACUCCAUUUUGUGGCAGAUGACUCAAAAGCAAUCAACAGUAUGACUUGUAACAGAACCAAGGGAACAUAUCUUUUGACAGAAUGUUUAUCACCAUAUGCACACGAAAAGCUCAUGCAGGAAGUUGCUUUGUCUGGUGGAUUUUCAGUGCUGUGUGAUAAAGCAACAGAUCUCACAAUGAACAAAACAUUUUGUGUCAAUAUGAGAUUUUUGAAAAGUGACACCUAUGAACCAGUUACACGUUUCUACCGCCUGCUCCCUGUAAAUGAUGGCAGUGCAGAAGGCCUGUUUGAGCUGCUGAAAGAAACCUUAGAAGGAGAUGGCAUUGGGUGGGACAAAGUGAUUGGUUAUGCCUCUGAUGGAGAAAAUCUGAUGCAGGGAGAUAAAAUUCACUGCUAACCAAGUUACAAGAUGUCGUGCCAGAUUUAUUUGUUGUGAAAUGCUUUUGUCACACAUUCCAUUUAGUUGCUGGCCAUGCUUGUGAAGCUUUGUCAGCAACGGCAGAGCAGCUCAUACAUGACAUCUAUAACUAUUUCAAAUUAUCACCUAAUCGUCAAAAGAGUUAUGAAGAGUUUCAACACUUCGCUGAGUGUGAUCCACAUAAACUGUUGAAACCUUGUCAGACAAGGUGGCUGUCGAUCUCACAAUGCGUAGAACGCAUCCUUGCACAGUGGUCUGCACUGGAGUUGUAUUUCACAGCAGAGGCUCAUGACAUGAAAACCUUGCAGGCGGACAAAAUACUACGAACCUUGAAGAAUCCCUAUGUCAAAGCCACCCUGGAAUUCACAAGCUUUGUUCUUGGCGAUCUUGUUGGCUUGAACAAACUUUUUCAGUCUAAUAGCUUUAAGUUACAUAUGCUGCUACCAGAGACUGAAAGAGUUCUUCGAAUGUUUAUUCUGAAUUUCAUGAAAAGAGAAUUUGUUACCUACAAGCUUCCAGCUAUUGAAGAUCAAACAAAAUGGCUGCCAGUAGAUAAAGUAUACCCUGGUAUACUUGCUAGUGAAACGUUAACAAAAAUGAAGCCGCAUGAAAAGGAGAGCUUUCUUUCACGGUGCAGAGACUGGUAUAAAAUUGCAUGCUGCCAAAUACUGAAAAGGAUUGAUCUGUCGGAUCCAGUGCUUGUGGGACUGAAAGAUGUAAAUCAUGAAAGAAUUCUAAAGGACAAAGCUGACGUAGGCUCUGCAGCAGUGUUGUAUCGGAAGUUACCGCGUCUUCUUCCUGAAGUUGACGUGCAAACCAUCGACAGACAGUGGAGAUCUAUUCUUGUUGAUGAAGAAGUCAGAAAAAGUGCUUGGGAAAACAAAACUAUUGUGGAAUUCUGGAAGCAUAUGAGAGAUGUACCUUCAUAUGAGAAAAUAGCAACUUUCAUGCUCAAACUAACAGCUUUGCCGCAAAGCACAGCAGAGGUUGAGAGAACAUUUUCAAAACUCAAUAACAAUAAAACAAAGCUGCGAAAUAAACUGUCUGUAAAGACAUUGGAAUCAAUUAUCAAAACUUCUGAAAGCUUUCCCUCAACCUUUGAUAUGACAUCGUCUUUGGUUAAGCACUAUUCAUGUGCAAGGUCUAGAUACUUUGCAAAAUACACUGAAAAUGAAAAUAAUUACGUUCUUGCUGAUUAGAGCCAAUUAAACCAUCCUUCUAGAAAGUCCAGAGGCAGUAUCGAGAAUAUAAGACGUCCAGCUAACAUAUGUGUCUGAGUCAAUAUGCUGACCACAAAGCACAAUCGCACGCGAUCAGCACCAGCAUGUCGUUUUCUUCACGUGGAGGUCGGAGGGUACUGGUGCCAAGGAGCUUAGUUAUUUCAUCAGACCUGCUGCAGAGCGUUUGUCGCGCGGCUGAAAAGUAAGUGGAAGUACAAAGUUUGAUCUAGCCUUGACCUAGGUUGCCCUGGGAGGCGAGGAGCAUCAUGGGUAACACUUGCCACCCAGCCAGUUGCUGUGGAGGUGGUGGUGCCUUUGAGGAAGAACAAAACACCAUAGAAAGGCCACUGUCAACAGAGGGAAGCAUACAAGAAAAUGGAAGGAAAGGAAGAUACAUAAAUACAGAAGAAGAAAGGAGAAGUAAUGAUACAAGGGAUGCAGAUGGAAGAGGAGGAAAUACAUUGAUAAAUGAGGAAGAAGAAAGAACAGGUAAUUAUAACUUAGAAAUGCCUGAUCCAACACAAACUGCUUAUGAAAAUGAAGGUAGUUUUGAAGGGAUAGAGAAAGAGGAGUGUGGAAAUAAUGAGAAAAAGAAAGGAGUGUUUUCAGCAAAGAGUCUGGUGCCUGAAUGGGAAGAAGAGGAGGAGGAAUUCAAGGAAAAGAAAAGGGAAGAUUAUGUGCAGGAAGGAAUGAGAGACUUAGAGGAGAUUAACAGUCUUUAUAAGGAGAAGAAUUGCAGAAUGGCAGGUGAAAAGGAGAAAAGGAGAGAAAAUUAUGAAGAGGAAGAAAAAAGACACAAGUUGAAAAUCAAUAACAUAAUUGAUGGGAGAAUGUAUAAAGAAAACAAACUAUAUGAAAUUGAAGAUAGAACAUGCAGUCAGGGAAACAAACUUUAUGAAAUGGGAGAGCUAAUAUACAGUGAAGAGAGCCAGAAUUAUCUCUCCAUCUCUCCAUAUCAAAACCAUUUCAGCCCUGACAUGCAGAGGAAAGAAUACUGGAUCACAGAAGAACCUCUUGCUAUAAGGACAGAGGACAUAGGACUCUUCUGGAACCACCUUUUGACAAAUCCUUAUGACAAAGCAGAGGAGACUGAGACAGAAGAGGAAGAUGAAGAAAUACAACUAAGUAUGAAUCCAUUUCCUAAAUACCAAGACAAUGAUAACACUUUUACUACUACUACUACCAGUGCUGUUUCUACUGCUACAUCUCCUGCAGGCUUGCAUGGAGCACCAGCAGCAAGAGAAGUACAUAAUGUAUCCCUAGGGAAGAGUGUCAGUGUUGAUAGAGAUGGUAUAGCUAUAGAAGCUUUUGGUUUUAAAGCCACAAUUGGGAUAAAUCCAUCUAUCACCUUCUUCGGACACAGUCUUAGUCUCCAACGCUUGCUAUCUGGCCCUGACAACCCAAGGGAAGGUGAAGCAAGUUAAGAGGGACAGCCAGUCACUGUUAAUAAUUCAUGACCUACUCCACUAACCCCUAGAGUCAACCAUUCACAUUGUGUUGCUAAUGACCUGUUCUUUUGACCAAAAACUAUUGCUGAGUUAUUGAUCUGCCCCAAGCCAAACCAGGAGAGACCCAGAGGUCACCACCCUUUACUCACCUGGGCAAGGAAGAGCUGCCUCUCCAUGUCUCCCUGAAAAAAAAAUGAAUAGCAGUGUUGAAAGUAAGAGUAUUAUUGCCAUUCAUGUAACAUAUAGUGUAUGCAUGCACAAGAUUUGAAUUGUAUGUAUACUCUGCGAAUCAAAUAAAAUCCAGCACCACAAAUUAAGGAAAGAAAUUAAUAAAUGAAUAAAUGGUCUUACCUCCUUGUAUGAUCUUGUACAUUAAUUUAUCUUUUCCACAUGUAAGCAGCUUAGAGUUCAGAUAGGGAAAUAUUAUGUUUUUUGAGAAAAAAGUAUUGUCAUCAUUAUUAUUACUUGGUAAUAUCACUAUAGAUAUAAAAAAAAUAUAUUUACUCCUUAUAACAACAUUGUUUACUCAGAAAACUGAGAGGUUCAUACAUACACUUAACAUUGAUUUGUUCACAAAUAAAAGCAUUUAGAAU